AUGAUACGUAUGAGGACAUUGGUCGUUCCAAACGAUUUGCAAUCACCAUUGGAGAGGCAGAUUGUCAUCCGCAAUAUCACCAAGCGAGACUGGGUGGUGAAGAUCAAGAGCGAUGCACCUCGAGCGAUGCAGUUCGACGCCGACAAGGUCGUCAUCGACGCGAGAAAGUACGUGGUUCUCAAGAUGAAAUUCAAUCUGAGCGAGCUUUCCUCUUACAAAAGUGGCAUAUCGUCGAAGAUUUUCCUGUUCGCAAGACCGUUGACGCCAUACAAUGAGAGUUGCCUUCGAGUUUGGCUGACAAAGGAAAAUAACGAGUUGACCUGCCAGCUGUCUCACGUCAUUCAACUGCUGGUCACCGACAAAGUAUUCUCGGCCGAAAAGCUCGUUUUGGACCUGCCCGGUUAUGCGACAGCAAUCGAUCCCGUACCGUUUGCCAUCGAGGAGGAUCUGGACAGCCGUUGUGAAACUGCGUACAAUAUCGAAGAUGACACGAAUACCGCCAGGCGUGCCGAUGACCAACUACUCGAACAUGCAAGCAGACGAAAAAGCACCAGGGAAGAAAUCGAGACGCUUGCCAAAGCGCAGGAUUACGCGGCGCUUGCGGCUCGCAUGAAUGGACGCAUUCGCGCUCGCAUGGAAGGCGGAUUUGCUCGUUUGAAUGACUUAACGAUUCUGAAUGUCACACGCGGAUUUGCCAAAUACAUGCUUCAAGUCCACAAAGAUAAAACGCUGACGGGAGUGGCGAUUGGUUACGAUGCUCGACACCACAAUUUGCUGAACUUGCCGCGAAUGUGUUCGUUCGACAUGGCAUUCCCUGUUUAUUUCUUCAGUGAAGUGUGCCCGACACCAGUUGUUUCAUGGGCAACAAUAAAGCUGAACUGCGAUGCUGGACUGGUUAUUACAGCCUCGCAUAACCCCAAGUAUGACAACGGCUACAAAGCCUAUUGGAACAAUGGAGCACAGAUCAUCGAUCCACAUGACACGGAAAUCAUUCGGAUAGCAGAAGCAGAACCUUUACCGCUGCCAAACGAAUAUUGGGACACAAAAGACCUCAUGAAGCAUCCUUUGCUGAAAUCGGCAGAUCCGGCGAUUGAUCCGUACUUUGAGGUGGAACGCUCGUCGCUCUGCUACCACAAGGACAUAAACGCAGCUACACCGCUGAAAUUCACCUAUUCGGCAUUCCACGGUGUUGGCUAUCGCUAUGCGAUGCGUAUGUUCAAAGAGUUUGGUUUCGCAGAAGAUCGUUUCGUAUCUGUCAAGGAGCAACAAGAAGCCGAUCCAGACUUCCCAACGGUCCCAUUCCCGAAUCCUGAAGAGGGUGCUAAG